GUCAUACCAUCCUUACAGGAUAGACCUUUAUACUAGACAAAGAUUGUUGAUCCUUAUACUAUCCUCGACGCUGUUGUGAAUUCGAUGUAUGAUGACAUGUGGAAACGGUCUCCCUCUCCAGAGGAAAGCUGGAGUGAUGCGGAGGGUGGGAAUGAGAAUGGAGAGUGGCCAAUCAAGGGGGUCGUAGGUGAGGAAGUUGAUCCUGAUGGCACUUCGAGAUAUGAAGUAAGAUGGGGAAACUGGUCGCGAAAGGAUGGCACAAACACGACCUGGCAAACCGAUAUAACUGAUCGCAGUGAUUUGAUCAAUAUCUGGAAAAAAUUUCAAGAUAAUAAGCGCAAUGUACUUGCCCAGGACAGUCUAGACAUGGAAGUGUCUUGGCCAGAUGACGCAGUGCAUAAGCGUUUCACCUCCCUGCGCGCGCAAGCAUACGAGGAGAAGAAACGCAAACGACUUGACAAGCCCUCAGCAGCAGACUGGGAUCAGGAAAUAGAACGUGCACGCAGGCACGCAGAUGAACCCGACGCCGAAGACGGCAAUGCGGCGUCUCGCCUGCGUGUGCGCCGAAAUACCCCGCGUUCUACCCCAUCAUCUGAUAUACCACGUUUGUCCUCUGUCAAACGCAUUCGUGGACCAACUCCCCCGAAUCCCUUAUUUAGAAGAGGUGCUUCUGCAAGGAAAAGGUCACCUUCCAUAGGGGAUGACACUUUUCGCUCUUUGAUGUUCAAUUUGUCUACAAGCACAGUUGAAUCUCCCAGGGCCAUAUCCAAAGGUGUCAUAGAAAAAUCCAAGAAUGUUAACACAAACCACUCUAGCAAAUUCGGUCAGGCCAGCACUUCAAAACCCGCACCGUCAGCUAUGAAGGGCGACGUCAUAUUUGUUCGCCCUGCGAAGCCUUUGCGCGGGCGAGCGCUCUUACAGAGUAAUUGGAACCAAGCAGCACAGGAAGCUGGUGCCGCAGAUAUACGCAUCUCCAACGAGAUCGUAGAUGGCGACAUUGGACAGCAUCUGCACGAAUUCAAAUACAUGGAGAGAUCAUAUCAUUUUGAUAAUGAUGAUCUCCAGUCGAUCUUUGAUGUGGAUCCAGGGGCUUUCCUUGCAUGUACAUGCACGUCGUGUCAAAGAGCAUCCCAAUGCGACUGUCAGACAGAAUCAGAAGUCACGAAUGAAAGAGGGCAUAAGUUAUACGCUUAUAGCGGGGGACUUUUUGCAUUUCGUAUCCCGCAAGGAGUUGAAGUUAUUGAGUGCAACAAGUACUGUAGAUGUGAUCCACUGUGCAGUAAUCGCGUUGCUCAGAAACCUCGUGAUAUUCCAAUUGAGAUUUUCAAGACAAAGCAGUGCGGCUGGGGUGCUCGUUGCCCUAUUGCACUACCAAAAGGAAAGGUAUUGGGAAUAUAUACAGGGACGCUGAUACGUCGGGAAGACGUGGACAACCUUCCUCCGGAGCACAUUGGUUAUGUCUUUGAUCUUGAUGGCACAGAGGUCCGUGGUCAGCACAAUGAAGGAGACAAGUUUUCGGUCGAUUCUCACGACUGCGGCAACUGGACUCGCUUUGUCAAUCACUCAUGCUCGCCCAGUAUGAAGGUCUAUUCGGUCGUCUUCGACACCAUUCGAGAGGUACACAUGCCUUAUGUGGCAUUCGUCGCUGCACGAGACAUACCUGCCGCAGAGGAGCUCACCAUUGAUUAUGAACCAAGCGCUGCCGAAGAAAUGGUUGAAGGCACUGGGAAGCAAAAGCGAAAGAUGUCACCCACCGCGCUCUUAUGCAAGUGUAGCGCCAAGCGAUGUAGAGGAUGGAUUAAGCAAUGAGAGUUGCUUCAAGGUUGUAUGCAUCAUACAGUCUCGCAGCCGACGAGAGAAUAUAUACACUUCUCCCGCAGAUGUCUUGGCUCAUUGGUUGUUACUGACCUGCAUUGCAAUCGCUUCGGGCGAAUCUUCUUUAACACUGUCAUAGUACGACUAAGAAACGAUAUGGUGUGUUGUUUGACCUUCUGCGACAAUGAUUUUUGUGGGAGAAGAAGCUAAGAAUGGGCGCUUGACGUCCUUUCGAACGGAUACCGCGAUCUGUAGUCAUUGAAGGUCGGUACUAAUCAGC